AUGGAGGAAGAAUACAUGGAGGCUGUGGAGAGCUAUUUGGAAUGGCAAGGAGAGGAGCAGAAGGAGGAAUUGGAGAGAAAGAGGGAGGAGGUCUGGCAGGCUGCAGAGAGGUGGGCUAAGGAGAUGGAGGAGGCAUUGAGAGAGGCAGCUCAGAGAGAGGCUGAGGAGAGAGAGGCCACAGAGGCUGCAGCAAGAGCUUCAGUCUCAGAGGUAGAGGAGAAGGAGAUGGUUACAGAGGAUAGAUUGCAGAUGACCCUCACGAAGGCCAUUGAUUUUCAGCUGCAUCAAGUGCUGGCAGAACAGUUUAGUCCUAGCCUCAGUCUUCACUUUAAGAAGGUGACUGGCCAUAUGCCUCUGGAGUCCAAUGGGCUGGACCAUCAAGAAUAG